AUUGCUGUAUAUAAAUCUACUUCAGCUUUUUGAUAAGCAGACAUGGCUGUCACGCUGCAUACUGAUGUAGGAGAUAUUAAAAUUGAACUGUUCUGUGAGCGUACACCAAAGACUUGUGAAAACUUCCUGGCUCUUUGUGCUAGUAACUACUACAAUGGAUGCGUAUUUCACCGGAACAUAAAGGGCUUCAUGGUUCAGACAGGAGAUCCGUUAGGCACGGGAAAAGGAGGUAACAGUAUCUGGGGCAAGAAGUUUGAAGAUGAAUUCAGUGAAUACUUAAAGCACAGUGUCCGUGGGGUAGUUUCAAUGGCAAACAAUGGUCCGAAUACCAAUGGAUCGCAGUUCUUCAUCACUUAUGGCAAGCAACCACACCUAGACAUGAAGUACACUGUGUUUGGAAAAGUUAUUGAUGGCUUGGAGACCCUGGAUGAGCUGGAGAAGCUGCCUGUGAAUGAGAAAACCUACCGACCUCUUAAUGAUGUUCGCAUUAAAGAUAUUACAAUUCAUGCCAACCCUUUUGCCCUGUAGCCACAGAGUGCCUCGACACAUUCUUUAGAGACUAUUCAACUGCUGGAUUAUGGGGUUUAAAGUGUCAUUAAAAAGGAUUAAUUGAGCUGGAUCAUACCUUUGCUCAUUGAAUGCGGG